AUGUCCGCAUACCCUACUCUCAAACCCGCCUUCACCAUCAAGGUAAAUAUAGAUGCCGCGUUGGCUGUCGGCAGUGCCUCGCGGUCCAACCCGCUGCAGGUCGUGCCCAUGACCGGCGGUACCUUCAAGACUGAAUCGAGCUUCUCGCCCUCCGUCGAUGCCAAAUUCGUGGGUGUCGGAAACGACUACAUCCAUGCUGAUGCGGAUGGAAAACAUCUGCGCCUGAAUGCGCAUAGCGUGCUCAAGACCCACGACGGUGCCGUAUGUCUUCCCACGACCGACCUAUAG